AUGACCUUUGGAACGCCGGUGGAACGCACAAGGUUCAAGUACCCAGAAGUGUCAAAGCUUUCUGGCUGUCAGAAUGGCGGGGGCCGUGUUACCGAGCUCUGUGAUGCGGGAUUGUAUGGAGCUAAAAUCCGGGCACCCCAUGCACUGGUGAUGACAUUCCUGUUUAAGUCUGGAAGUUUAAAAGACAAGCUGAAAGCCAUCCUCCAGGCGACGUUCACUCAUUCGCGGAACCUUGCUUAUUUCGUCUUCACAUAUAAGGGCCUCUUGACGGCUCAGGAGAAACUACAUGGAAGCAAGUGGCAGUUCCAUUCCUUCCUGGCAGCUAGUGUGGGCGGAUGGGUGGUAUUCGGAGAGAAUAAUAACAUCAAUAGUCAGAUAAACAUGUACUUAUUGUCCCGUAUCCUCUUUGGCUUGUCCCGGCUGGCAGUAGAGAAGGGUUAUAUCCCGGAGCCCAAGCAUGACGUCUUCCCUAUUUUCUCUGCCCUGGUGUGGGGAUUUGUGCUCUGGCUGUUUGAAUACCACCGCCAUACUCUCCAGCCCUCGCUGCAGUCCUCCAUGACGUAUCUGUACGAUGACAGCAACAUCUGGCACGACAUCUCUGACUUCUUGAUAUACAACAAGCCUAAGCAGGAGAAAUAAUACCGGGGUAUCCCUGCUGGAUGCACUGAAAUGAUACACAAGCUAAUUGACCCCUUUGAAUGGCGGGGAUUGUAUUGGUAAACCUCUUUAUACUUGAAUGGUAGAGUAAUGCUGAUGAUUGAUAUUGCACCUUGACUGUCCUGGAUAUCGGAGUGUGUGAGGCCAGUCUAAAGCCCAGCUAUAGCCAAAAAC